GGGGGGGGGUGUAAACAGAGGUAUCCAGAGGUCACACCGCAGAUAGGCAUCUGGAAUGAGCUGCACACAGCUGGCAAGCCUUUUGCUGAGCUUCAGUUCGACUCACACUGAAGAAUAGAACAAAAAGGUCAGGAAACAGGGCACAGAGGAAGAGUGUGAACUUAAUUUAGCUCCGUGGAUCAGAACCAGACGUACAGCAGAGAAUAGACCAACAUCAUUCGCCUAUACUCUCCUGGGAUGGAGGAGAUUUGCCUCCGACAGCCUCAGCAGUUAGUAAUGGUGGCUGGACGCACGCUGGGACUCGUCUUGUUCUUCAUCACCCUGAGACUGGGGAGCGCGGCCCCGCCUGGCGAGCCCCGCCAGGAGGGCCAAUGCGUGCGCUGUUGUGACCCCGCCCGCUACCCGGAGUCUCGCCGUGGGAGUCCCAGCCCACUCUACCCCACGCCACACGUCUACCCCCACAUCAACAUCACCAUCCUCAAAGGUGACAAAGGAGAGAGGGGGGAGCGAGGAUCGAAUGGGAAGGUGGGUAAGGAAGGGUACAUGGGUCUACGUGGCCCAUCGGGAGCUAAAGGUGACCGGGGUCACACGGGGUUGCCAGGAGGCCCCAACAAGCAACACUACUCAGCCUUCUCGGUAGGCCGCAAGAAAGGCCUACACAGCAGCGACUACUACCAGACCUUGGUCUUCGACACCACCUUUGUCAACCUGCACGGCCACUUUAACAUGUUCAAGGGCAAGUUCUACUGCUAUGUGCCGGGCGUCUACUACUUCAACCUCAACAUCCACACCUGGAACUUCAAGGAGACCUACCUCCACAUCAUGAAGAACGACCAGGACAUGGCCAUCUGCUACGCCCAGCCCAGUGACCGCAGCAUCAUGCAGAGCCAGAGCAUCAUGUUGGAGUUGCAACACAACGAUGAGGUGUGGGUCCGUCUGUACAAGCGUGAGAGGGAGAACGCUGUCUACAGUGAUGAUGUGGACACAUACGUCACCUUCAAUGGUUACUUGAUCAAGGCCAGCCUGGACUGAGAACCCUCCCCCCCCCAUAUACACACACACACACA